AGGGAAAGUGCAAUCGUGACUCACCCCCAUUCCCAUGACUUGUUGUCAUGAUCUGGUUACCGACGGAGAUACUGGAGGAGAUCCUAUGUAACCUUGACUACUACACUCUCAAACAAUGUUGUUUAGUAAACAGGGACUGGUACCACGUGAUCAUUUCUCUGAGCAGUGUUUGGUUGGAGAUGUGUCAUCAGAACAGCAUAACACUCAGCGGAAGUGAAAAUCUCAGACAUGGUUGCCAGGUAACGUCGCCAGGACGCGUGACGUCACCACAGCACGUGACGUCACCACAGCACGUGCUCAACUCAGCUGAAUUCUACCACAAAAAGAUCAGACUCAUGACAACGCGAUGCAAGGAAUUCAACAUGAAAGGUUACUCAUUUGACGAAGAGGUAGAACCCCUGGACGUUAGAUUUAUGUCUUGUAACAGCCAAGACAUUGUAAUGGUGUUGGGAGGAAACGAGAUUAUUUGUAUAGAUAACAUCUCGUGGAACACUGUACUGAGAGGGUAUCUCAGACAUUCUGACGAAGUGGUAUUCCUGGAAUGCAGUGAUUCUUUUAUAGUUGUUGGACAUAUCAGCGGUUGUGUAACUGUUUACGUGAUGACGUCACGUGAUAAUCCCAUGACGUCACGUGACUGUAAAUCUUUAGAGAUCACGUGUGGCUUCCGAGCUAGACUCAGUGGAGUGAAGUGUGUUAAGAUAGAUGACAGCAGCAGGACUAUCGCCAUGAUAUGUGACAGUGUUCUGACUGUUUACCGUGAUGGGGUUAUCCUGCACGAUAUCAGUCCCACUAUAAGUGACGUCGCUUGUUUCAGCUGGUCCAAGCUCCUCUGGGAUGGUAAAACACCUAAAGAUGGCAUUUAUCAAAACCUCCUCCAGUUUAUGUCUAGGGAUCAGAUUGUUGCUGUGUCCCCCAAGAAGCUUUACGUCUUCACUAUCGCUGAUCUGUUAACAGUAAAGACAGUUGAUAUUCACCAUGACCACGCUGAAUGCCAGAAGUGUUAUUUCUGGCCAAGUGUGGUGGUAUCAGACAAAUAUAUCUGCUGUAGGACAUCCUGCUCUGUCAGACUUUAUCACAAACAAACGAACAAAGUAUCAGCUCCUGUUCUAUAUAAGGUGUUUGACAAACUGUACUCCCCCAACGAGAGACUCAUCUUCCCUCGUGAUAGGGUGAAUUUAGUUGGGAUAGGUUCCAAGUUCUUAGUCACAGUUGAUACUCACGUCUUUCCUAGAAUCCUUAUAUUUGAUGUGGAAACAGGAUCUCUCAUCACAACCGUUGGUAACGAUAGGAACGAAUGUGAGUUCCAAAUCCCGAUCUACCAUGGUAUUUAUCACAUGUCCUACUUUGUCGCCGUACCCUUCCGGUCGUGGUUAAAUGGGGAUUUCGGAGAUGUGUCAAGACCCUGCCUCAUAACGUACAAACACAAAGACUAUCUGAGUGACACUGCUGUGUGGCUGUUCCAACUAGAGAAGUUCAGGGUUAGAGCAAGAGGUGACAGACACCACGAGUAUUUCAGGCAGUGCUCUAAGAUAACCACCUCCUUGGAGGUGAGGCAGACACCACGAGUAUUUCAGGCAGUGCUCUAAGAUAACCACCUCAUUGGAGGUGAGGCAGACACCACGAGUAUUUCAGGCAGUGCUCUAAGAUAACCACCUCCUUGGAGGUGAGACAGAAGUUGGGAAGUGCUGAGAAUAUAGUUCCGGUUCAGGUCGGGUGAUUACUGACUUGUACUACUUGUAACACUAUUAUUUACUUGUAAAUCUCAGUUACUGAAAGCAAGCAUAUAUGCUUGUUAAAACACCUUGCUUAUUACAAUUGAACGUAUAUAUUUUGAUUAUGUGUAUGUAAUUUUCCCAAGCUGAUUUGUUGAAUAAUCAAAAUUAAACGUUAACUUUAGUUGUGU